AUGAGCUCCUCCAGUAAGCUAGAUAAAGAUGAUGGUGGUCAAAGUGUUGACAUCACAGCCUAUAGAGGUCUCAUCGGAUCCUUGCUUUACCUCAUUGCCAGUAGACCAGACAUCCAAUUUGCUGUUGGUGUCUUUGGAAGAUUUCAGACUAAUGCUAAACUUUCUCACUUUACUGUUGUUAAACGCAUUCUGAAAUAUUUGAAGGGAACUCAAAAUGUGGGACUGUGGUUUCUGAAGGAUUCUAGAUUCAAUUUAACUAGCUACUCAGAUGCAGAUUAUGUAGGGUGCAAAAUUGAUAGGAAGAGCACGAGUGAAACUUGCCAGUUCCUUGGAGAUCGUCCUAUCUUUUGGUUCAGCUAG